AUGCUACCUUUCGGCUUUCUUCUUCGACGUCUUCUUGGCGGAAGAAGACGUCGUCGUAAUCAUAAUUGUUGUGAAGACGUGACUUAUCGAACUGUCUAUGUAAUGCCCGGGACUCAACAACCUGGGUUUAAUGACCCUCCACCUGCAUAUUAUCCUCAUGACCCAGCACUUCAACAAGCUUAUUAUCCACCACAAAAAGGAGGAAGAAGACGUCGAAGUGGCAGAUAG